UACUAACAAAAUAUAUGUUCAGUUUAAACAAGGCGACAUGCUGAUUCAUUUUUGUGGAAUCAAUAAAACUGUGAGUUCUAAACUUAGUUUAAAAUGUGUAGUUUUGAUUCUCAUUGGUUUAGUUCUCCUCGUAUUCGCAUUUUCCCAGUGGACAGAUGAAGAGUUUAUAGAAGAUGCGAUAGAUGCACCCGUUAUAACUAUUUCACCAGAAAAUAGUAUUUUUUCAUUAAUAAAACCUGAACGCGGAUCUAUUAUAAGAGAGGCUAGAAAAGGUGAACUUGGUUCGAACGAGGAGAAACCAGCAAGAAAUCGCAAAAAGUCAAAUCGGAUAAAAAAAUCCCAAGAUGCUGUAGAGCAGUCUGGUGGCCCUAGCGAGCAUAAUGAAGCAAAACCAAAUGCAACUCAAGAAGAACACUGCGUGGCUAAGUGUAUGCAGUAUUUACUAGAUUCAUCUGCGUCUUCCAAAACUUUAUGUGGUUUAAAUGCAGAAUCCCGAGGAGAAAACCAGAAAAUAAUCUCCUUCUCUUUUUACGGGGAGUUAAAAUCUGCUUACUAUAAUGGUAUUAAGGAAAACCUCAACUCUAUAACCUCCCACUUGGCUACGCUUUCAUAA